UUAACAAUAGGCAUCUUGAACUGUUGCGUCAGUUUUGACUAUUUGAUGCAAGUCUUUUGCCUUGGGCUGUUAGUUGCGUCUUGACUUUGUGGCUUCUCUAUUAAGAAUGGAGUGGAUUAAAUGUAUGUAUACGUUUGUCGUUGUAUUGUUGUUACUAGUGAAUUGUAAAGAUGUGGACAGUGAGCAAACUAGCUUUGAAUUGCCGGUGCAGUUAGUAGGGUUCCCGUUUAUAGUAUUGAGUGUCAGAUUGACCAACUUCUUGAAGAAAUUGUCAUACUCCGUAAGUCCAGCGACCUACCGUGCUCGAAAUCGGCGUGAGCUAACGCUUGCCGAGUCAGCCGAGCCAUUCGACGUGCAGGAUGUGGAGAAGUACAUCGUGGGCGAAUUUGGCGCACGCGCAUGUAUUUUCGAGCGCGUGUGUGCUCAUUAUGCCGUCAGAGCGCAAACGCACCCGAGACCACAACUUGACUGGCAUGACGUGUUUAGCCAAUACAAGAGAUCUCCCGAUCAAGCCAAGGAGUAUUACCUACUUAGCGUAUUCUUAGGCGACAUCGUCGGUUCCCCGCAGCUCUGUCACCAGCUCGGAAAAAGGAGAAGCUGUGACACCUUAUCUCUGGAAGCCAUUUAGAAUCAAUCAUAUUACAAUCAAGGAUUCAACACAAUACAAUUAAAAUUGGUGCCAGGCAGGUUACCGGAUACAGGUUAAGAAGUAUCUUUAAUUAAAAAUCGAAGGGUCAUUAUAUACCACAUUUACUCUAGG